AUGAUAGUUGUGUCUUUGUGAUAUCUGAGUGUGAAGAAAUGUAGUGAAUGGUUUUAGUUGAAAUUUGUUGUUUUGUAAGUAUUUGUGUCAGCAUUAUCCAUUGAUCUAGGAAGAUAAAUGGCAGACGGCAUUGAGAAGCGUUUAACGGAUAUGACUAAAGGAAGUCAAGAUGAACCAGAGGAAGGCGAAAUUUGUGAUGAUGAACCACAAGAAGAAUUGAAGUCUGUAGAAGAUCAAAAUUUAUCUACGAUUGUGCCAUUGCUGAAAAAGUAUUAUCCGGGCACUUCUGACUUUGUUCCUCGUAGACAGUGGCAAUUUACGUCUCGUGAAGUCGGGGGAUUUGUAAGGGAAUGCAGAGGAAGAAGGAACAGCGCGCAUGACAGAACAAAUUUUGCAAGACAUGAGAUAGUUACUUCGCCUUACCUGAGGCCAUGGGGAAAAGGAGAUCCAACUAGAACACAUUGUAAUGCCCAAGAAAAGGAAAACAGGCAUCAUGCAAGAACUGAGUUAGCAAGAAGAUGGCCAUCUCGGAAAAAGCAUAGACACUCUCUACAUCAGUUAGCUGACUCGAAAUGCCAGACAACUUCAGAUCCUGUAUCAGAUCAAGAAGAUAUGCGACGAAAAAGUAGUACUAUUGAUAGUAAAAAAAGUAAAGAACAUGGUGACAAGAAAUCCAAGAAAACUCAUUCGAAGAAGCACGUGACGUCAGACAAGCCAAACAAUUUGCAGACUACAUCAGUAACUAACACAUGUAAUUCCACUGGAAGUGGGAACCUUGGAGAAGAAUCGUGUGUGGAAAGUGCACUGAGGAAGCGGAUACUUGCAAUGAUGGCUGCCAAGUACAGUAUUGAUGCUACUCAUGAAGGAGGAUCCACCAAUGACAACAGUCCAGGUGUAGAGUUUGAAGAGGGAAUUGAAAAAGUAUCUAAAGAGAAUGUUGAUGCUCAGGAAUGCUCUGGUGAAGGAAGUUCCUCGGCAAAUCGUGAAUCACCAGAAAUUGAAAUCAUUGAGGUAGAAAAGAAAGUACCUGAAGUCAUCACUUUGGAUGACAGUGAUGAUGAGGUUCAAGAGGCACAAGUAUCUAUUAAUGAUACUGAUAAAACCCAAGAACUGAAUAGAGUUGUAUCCAGUCAGGAAAGAUGUGAGGAGUUGCCAUUAUGUGACACUUUAACGAUGCAAGGGGGCAUUGCACACGAGAACAGCCAGGAUUGUACGAAUUCUGAAGAUACUGGAGGGAAUGUACAGGAAGUGAGACAGCUACAAUUGGAAACACUUGUGGAGGAAGAGGGUAGUCGACAUCAGGAAGAGGGCUUGUCAGAGCAAGGGAACGUGUGUCAGAAAGAAGCUUUACAAGAGGAAGUGUCUUCACAUCAGGUUGAAUGUGUGCAGGGAGAAAUGGCUGCUCACCAGAAUAAAUAUGUGGAGGGGAACCAGAACUUACACCAAGAAGGGACUGCACUUGAAGUAGUUUCAAAAGCCAGUGACAAUGAUGGAGUGAUGGGGAGCUCUCAUGAAAAAGAUAGUGUGCAGAAUGAACAACACUUGCAUGUGGCAGAAAAUGCAGAACAGGAAGAGAGUGAACAGCAGCAACAGCAAAGAAGUGAACAGCGUGACACAACAGAUGAAGUUAAUGCUUCACAGGAUCUGUUACCUGAAGAUGAAGAUCUGAUACUAUUAAGAUUAGAAGCAUUGCAUUCCAGCAAAAAUAAGGAUCAGCGUUGUGUAGAAGACAGAUCGAAAAGAGAAGAAGAUGAAGUCCUGCAGUUGAGGUUAGAGGCACUGAGAUCUGCUUAUUUAAAGAAACAUAUGGCUAGAAAGCAGCAUGGCUUGAGAAUUAAACAGAGGAAAGCUACUUCACCAAACAGUAAGUCUCCAGAUCUAUUAAGUCCAUUAAAUUCACCAGAACUUUAUCCUGAAACAUUGCCAAACAAAAAUUCAGAAUUGUCUCACCAAAUUUUGUCAGAUUUGCCUCCUCUUCCACCAGACCCACCUCCUGAUUUCAAUACAAGCACCAUGAAGAAAAUGCAGGAGCCAGAUGAAACUACAGCCCUUGUUGAUAUGGAUGUAUCCAACAGUGAUGAUGAAGGGAAAAGUGAAAGAAAUAUGCUUGUCACCUGCAAAAAUAGUGUCGCAGAAGCUCCUGUAUCUAAUGGAAGCUGUUUAACAGCACCAGGCACGGGAUACUUGGCAGUAUGCCCUGCCCCUGCAGUUUGUGAGUCUGUGACACUGGAGGAUGCCCCAGAUAUGCUAAUGCUUCAAAAUGAACAAGCUGUUCAUUUGAAUCAAUUGCAAUGGUCACAACAAUUCCCUGGCUACAGAUUCCCAGAACAAGGGCAUUACAGUAUUGGAGGUGCUUCCUUAUACCCAACGACUUUCUCUGAAGGUGCUCUUUUAUCUUUACCCCCACCACCCCCACCUCCACCCCCUCCACCACCACCAUCAGUUCCUCCUCUACCCCCAACAUUGCCACCCCCACCUCCACCACCUCCUCCACCUUCUGCAGUCCCUCCUCCACCACCACCUCCAGGUGAAGAAUCAACGAAUUCAAGUGCUGAUGUAUUGACAGAUUUUCAGGUGGAAGAUGAUUAUGUCAGAGAUGCUUCACGGGAAACAGGGGAUAUCUCCACUUCAGAAAAACGUGAGUGUAAUCCUGUUUCAUACAAUGUUUUGAAUAAAGAGAACUCGAGUACUUUGAGUGUAAGGGAAUCCAAUCUUGAAAGCAGCAAUUGUGAAAUCAAUCUGAAAAGUGUUUCUGUUGAAGGCCCAGACAUGCCUGACAAAAGUAACUGCCAUUCACCUGCAAAUUCCUGCAACCUGACUCCAGUGACAAUGGUUCUGGAAGUCAGUGAGAAAAUAGGUGAUGAAAAUCCUCGGAAGGAUGGUCCAGUUUCUCCUCACAUUGCAGAGCAAGCCGUAGAUGUUGGUGGAAACAAUGAGAUGGCAGAUAGUGUAAACUUCCAGAAACGUCCUUUUGGUACGAAGGAAGUGACUGAGGUGGAUGUGCACACCAAGCCAGAUGCGGACCAUGAUGAGGAGUCUGGAUUAAAUGAUGUCAGAUCAGAUAACACAAGUGAAGGUGAUCCAAUGGAUUUAUCAUCCAUGAUAGUUUUGGAUGAAGUAGGCCCCACUUCCUCCCCAGAACCAGAGUAUCCUGAGAGGAUUUGCCUAACAGUGCUUGAUGAGGUGGGACAUGUUGACAGUAUAGAUGAAAAUGAAGAGCUUUUACGUACUAAAUUAUUGGAAAGUAUGUGCGAGAAGUCUAGAGCAGCAAAGCAAAAAGAAGUUGGCAGUGAAAGCCAGUCACAGAAGCCUGUUUCGAGACAAAGUGCAAUAGUAAUUCCAAAAAAGUUACCAUCUGUGAAGCGUGAGAAGAGUGUGGCUAAGUCUGUACAUAAUUCUACACUGAGGACAAGAGGGGCCUUCAAGCGCAGUCUGAAACCGGCAUUUACUAGGAGAAAAUAUAGCUCUCUCAGUCAUCGACAGGAACAAGGAUCUUCAGAUAGAUUUAAAAAGCAGAAAGAGCUUGUAAGUUACAGAAAACCAGUUCGGAGAUCUCAAACAAAUAAUGGUUCAUUGCAAGUAACUGUUGCCAUGACAGAAAGCAAGGGCAAUAGUACCAAGAGAAAGAUAAUCCCUUUUGAUGGAGGAAAAGCUGUGGAACGAUUUGUUAUACGCCUCGAUGAGGACACAGACAGUGGUGAAGAUGAUGGAGGCAAACUAACUGUGGGCAGUGGAGAACAUAGGGUUGUUCAUAUUAGUGAACAUGCAAAUACUAAAUUACAGAACUCUGCUCAGUCCUCAGAAAUAUUUCCUGUUUCCGGCUACAAGGAAGACAGUCAAAACUCAGAACCCACUGCAUUGUUACAUGUUGAGGGGCCGCUCACUUGUAGUACGUUGGGUACUGAAGUAGUUCCUGCCGCUAAAGAGUUUCAAGAGAGUCUUGACAUACUGCUGAAGCAGGCUAGAUCAGAGGCAGAGGCACGUGGAAUUGGAGAAGUGAAAUGUGUUGCAACAACAAACACUCCAAUACAAAUUCAUACAGUGGCAGAUAAUUCUCUGGUACCAGGUUUGCAACGAAAAGACAGGACUGUUACCAUAAGGGACAGCCCAUUGACUGCAACUCCUUUGGCUGUUAAAUUUCUUCCAUCAUCACGACAAGAAGAAUAUAGACGUUUGAAGGAGCAGUUAGCUUUGAAGCAAAGGCAACUCCAAAAUACUAUUGCAAAGCCUUCACUCCAGCUUUCCAGUACUGAAGUAAAAGGGGAAACUAUGACUGUGAAGAAAUCAACUCACAAAUUAAUACGAAAGAAUGUUACUCCUGGAAUCAAAAGUUUAAUGAUGUCAAAGGUUUUUCCAACUGUGGUAACCCAAGGUCACGGCACAAUAGGUACAGUCUCAAAGCAGGUGAAUACUACAUUAAUGAAGACAAGCCAAAGUGUAACUAAUAUCAAGGCUGUUGCAGGAACUGCGUCAAAUGAAAUCACUAGAAUAGGUUCACCUAACCGUAAUAUUGCUGAUAAAUUUAAAAAUUUUUCAUUAAAUGUAAAAAUUAGUGACAGUGGCACUAGAAUUGUAGAAGCUUCAGGAAUAAAAGUAAAUGCACAAAAUGCUAAUUUGAGAACAGGUACUAGUCUUCCUGUAAUAGAGCAGUCAGAUCUCAGGAGUAAUAGCAUUUCCCCAGUUGUAAAGCCUCCAAUGAACUAUAGCCCUAAAAGCAUAAAAAUGGAGCACACCUUUUCCAUCAACUCUAAAAUUCUAGAUAUGCAACAUAGCUCAUUUACAUUGAAAAAUAAGAAUGUUGAAUUACCUUCUGCAGGUAAUCUCCUGAAGUCGUCUAAGAAUUUAAUAGAAAGCAAAAAUUCUCACAAUGGUGGAAACAAAGAACUUUUAAGUAGUGCUGCUAAAACUUUAAGUGGUGUGCAGAAAGGGACUGAUAAAUCUUCUCCUGAGAUCUUCAGUGUCUCAGCAUCCACAUCAGCAGUUCCAGCUAAGCAACAACCAAUGAUGCAGAAAGUGCCAAAGGAUGUGCUAGAGAGCACUUCCUCUCAAGCAAAUCAACCAAUGCGUAAGGAUGAUAAAAGUGCACUUAACAGAACUGUACUUGAAGCAAGACAGUUGGAAGCCGCUGUUCGUGCAAAGUUACAAGAUUAUAGAAAAAGGAAAAGCACGGUAGAAAGCAAAAAACAAAUGGGUAACAUAGCUACACAAGUUUCUAGCCCUAUGCAUAAAAUUUCUGUGGAGCAGAGAAAAUUUAAUGCAGGCAGUCUCUUGAAUUCUGAGUGUGUUAAACACAAAAGUGUUGCAGAAACCUCAAGUACUUCGGACCAGUCGUGUGGAAAAGGAUCAAAUUCCAAUACAGAACCCGACAAGGGAAGCAAUGUUCAGCUGAUGCAGCUGGAGAAUAAUCUUCUUAAGGAAAGGUGUGCAGUACUGGACGAUAUGAGUGAACUAUCAAACUUGCUGCAGCAGAUAGAAAAAGAGAAAACAGUGGAAAGUGAUUGUGAAGAUGAGAUAGAGCAACUAAGGGCUAAACUGCAGAUGGCAGAAGAAAGGCUGUUGAGACAGAAGAAAAUUUUAAGUGAAAUGCGGAACCAUGCAAAAGAAGCUAGGCAGCGUAUAAAUAAAAGAUUUAAUAAUUAUAACUCUCUUGUGCGUGAAUGUCACCGUUUUGGGCAGAAAACUGUUGGAGGAUCUUACAAGGUUCCAUCCGGAUGUAGCCAGUUAUUAGUAGAGAAAGUUAAGCAGCUGUCUGUCCAAGCUAAGAGGCUAAAUUCCAAAUGCGCAAAAUCAGGUGAUGAAACCUCAGUUACCGAAAUGCCAUUGUCUGGUGUUGAAGCUAGUGAUAUGUGUGAGAUCAGUUUUGAUGAAAGUCAGUCUGACUCUCCUGACUUAAAGACAGGAAAAGUGAAAGGUUCUGAUUCAGAGGAUGUAAAUGGUAUUGACAUGCGGUCUCCAGUCAGAAAUGCAGAUCAAAGUGGACGGACUGAAGCAAGUGUUGAGAGUAGACCAAUGGAAAAUAGUGCAGAUAAAAAAACUCAGAAAUGUUACAUCGAAAGUGAAGUGGAAGAAGUGACAACUGGGGUGAAACGUAAGAGUAGUGAUGUUUGUAGUUCUCAGUCAAAGCUACACACACCACGCAAGUUGCAGAAAUAUGUUUCCCCUUUGGAACAUAUCAAGACUGACAGUGGUUUGGGUGUGGAUCCCAAUGUGGUUCUAUGUCCAUAUGAGCUUAGUGGAACAUGUCAUGAUGAAGAGUGUCCUUACCAACAUCAGCAGCGGGCUAUUCUGUGAUUGCCUUCAUUUUGUACAAAUGCAUCCUGUGUCUUUCAUACUGUAAAUAGUUUUUAUUAUGAUUUCAGAUUGCUGCCAUAGUACAAUUAUUGGAGCCAUACCUGUGAGACUGACAAAGAUGCAGUUCCUCAACUGGUGAAAAGCACUGUUUCCCUUUGAGUAAUGACGGUGGUUGCUGUGCUGGAUGUGUGAUGGCUUUAUUAAACUGCCAUCUACAGCUGGGAUCAGAAGAUACCAAUUUAGAAGAAAAACUGGAACUGACAACUGCAUAUGAAUAUCUCCUUUUUUGCAGUUGACUUAGACAAUCUUGAAGAAAACCAAUUUCAUAAAUCUUCUUUCAUUGGCUUUUUUUUGUGAAUGAAAUUUAUUUAUGAAACACAAGGACAUGAGAUAAAGUGUGUCUUAUAAACAAUGAGAAUGAGGAUCAAAUUGUCCAACUUGGCCGUGCAUAUUGUGUGUUUAGUGUGAAUCAAAUUAACAAAUUAGAACUUCGAAAAUUUCUGACAUUUGAAAUAAGGAGAAGUUGGAUCUGGUAAGGUUCAGUCAGAAAGGGAAAUGACAGAUACUGCCGAAUAAUACUUCAUUACCUGCUGAACAAAAAACAGUAAGAUGCAAGAAGCAGUAAAUAAGAGAUCCAGCAACAAGAGGACAAAUCGUAAGUGAAUUAUUAGACCGCCAAAAUUAAGUUUAUGAUAAGUAAAGCAUAAUUAUUUAUUUUUUCAUUUUGUAUAAACAUGUAUAUACUCAAUACCUGUAUCUUUUGAAGAUGAUUUUUAUAAAUAUAGAGACUUUUAAAGUUAA